CCGAAUUUGAGGUUAUGCACGGUUAUGUAGAAAUUCUCGUGUCGUGUCGUUACGGUUUCUGUUGUUAUCGUAAAAAAAUCUGAAAUUAUUCCUAUUUUGAUUGGAAUUUCGUAAAGUGAGAGCUUCUAUUUGAAGAUAAAUAUUGUUUUAACAAAAAAGUGUAUAUCUAUCUCUCGGAAUAAUGUUGCCCUCCGCAAUGUUAAAUAUUACAAGUAGGAGCAUUUCUACAUCAGCUCCUGCGAAUCAUAUAAUUAAAUUAAGUCGAUUGAGAGUGGUAGAUAAUAGCGAAAUAGGAAAGAAAGCUAUGCUGGAGGGUAAACCACCACGAUGCAUACAUGUCUAUAACAAAGUUGGAGUUGGAUAUAUUGGAGAUAGAGUUUUAGUCGCUAUAAGAGGUGAGAAGAAAAAGGGUAUAUUAGUUGGAUUAAAGCAGACACAGGCACCUAAAGUUCCCAAAUUCGACAGUAACAACUUGGUGCUCAUCGAUGACAAUGGAACGCCCUUAGGUACAAGAAUACAAGUACCUAUCCCACAUAUACUCAGAACGAAAAUGAAGGAGAAAACUCAUAGCAAAGGAGCAGAUUAUACCAAACUAAUAGCAAUUGCAUCCAGAUUUGUAUAGUGUAUUUCAUUUACCAUUGUAAUAUAUGUGUGUCACUUGAUUUAAUAAAAAAUGUUAAUUCUG